AUGCUUGCCACAGAGAUUGUUGAGAUUCCUUCUCGUUUACCCUUCGACUAUGCAGGGGACAACGACAACCGUCUAUCUUCCAUUCAGAAGCAAAUAUACGACUUUUUCCUACCUUGGCCGCGUCCAAUCGAACCUGCAACCGAUCAUGUACGCCCCGAAGAAGAAAAGGAAAAGCCUCAGCAGAAGAAACAGCAAGAAUACCAACAGGUUAUUUGCCCUUACUCAGCUCACCUAAAAGCCGAGGAGAUUAUGAGCAUUCUAGAGGGCUAUGGCUAUCACGAACGAACUGGACCGGCUGGCGAAAGUUGGCUGGGACGAGCAUCUUUCACGCCACGAGUCCAGAAACACAUUGUCGCAAACGAGAUAAUUCCCAUGGUACUUCCUGCUUUUCCCAUGAAAAGCAACAAUCGCAUGGACAAGGUCUUGGGUGCUUUGCCGGAUCUUGGAGAGGAGCUCGGCCUGGCUCGAUUGGCAAAUCUAUGCUCGGAUAUCAAAGCAGUUUACCCGCCUGGAGCGAUGACUGUCAUUGUCACGGAUGGCUUAUGCUAUAACGAUCUUACUGGUAUUUCCGACGGGGAAGUAUGGGAAUACGGACAUCGCCUGCGACAAAUUGCCCGCGAAAAGGGAUACGCAUGCAUCAGAUUCAACCGUAUCAUGAAUCUACUAGGCAUCUACAAUGGAGCAGAAAUCUCCAAAGACGACUACACUCAGCUUUGCGACAAGGCUCGGUCAGAAUUACAUCGUCGCUACGGCCGGCCGGGGUUUGAUGUCGAUAAGUUUUUGAAAAGCGACGAGGAUUACCUGCGGACGUAUAACGGCUACGACAAAUUUAUGAAGGUCGACCUUCGCUUCAGCCCGGUGACAAAAAAUUGUCCAGGACAGAAGCAAUUCAAGAAGAAAGUCAAAUCUGUUGCGAAGUCUAUGAUUGUACGCGGCGUGGAAUUCGCCGAACUGGUUCGUCAGAUAUAUCCAGACAGUCUCCGUCUCUCGAUUCACCCAUCGUCUGGCCAAACCAAACUUUCAUGCCCGUUGAUCCCACAGCCAAACUCCUUCUCUAUGAGUCCCUGGCACAGUACAGUUGGCGUGAAGAGCAACGGCAUAUUUGUCACGGCGCACAAGUCGCAGCACCGGCAAACCGGGAAUUUUGAUCUCGUUUACAAAGACGAUCAGCCGUACUUCUUCCGCGAGAAGUCGCCGCUGUUUGAGUGGGAGGCUCAGGUAGAAUUUGAGCAUCUCUAUCAGCAGAAUUUGGUGGUUAGGGAGAAGAAGAUACAACGUGAUGAUGUCCCUGAAACGACUUUUGAUACAGAACGCAAUCAAAUCGCUAAGCAAGGGCUCUCAGAAGCUGACUUGGACAAGUUGGCUAAAUUGGCCAUCCUGCACAAGGGCAUCAAAUUUCAACCAGCUAUCUAG